AUGUCACUAGCGGGAUCCCCGAGUGAUGCCCUAUUUGGACUGGACAAUGCCGACUUUGAUCCCUCCCACGAGACCGAUCUUCGUGCCGAUGAGAACGAGGCUGAGAGAAAGGUUGCGGACGAGGACGAGGUUAUGCUUGACGACAGCUUGGCAGACGAAGAUACGGAAUUUGUGCCGGCAGAUGGCGUCUCGAUUCAAUUAGAGAGUUACAACGCCGCUGCCGAGCCCGCAACUGAGGAGAUCGCAAAAACACCGCCCAGAACCGACCUCGGCGUGGAUGAACACAUUCCUUCCAUUGAGGCUGAUGAUACACACGAAAACGAGACGGCAAUCACGAGCGAACGGGUCGAUGGCUUUGCAAGUAUCAAGCCAGAAGAUGGCAUAGAGGAGGCGGUAUCGAAAUUGCGCCCGUGGAACUUCGAGAUAAUCCUACCGCGCAUAUCACCGGAGGAACGCGCCCAGUACCUCUCAAUAAAGAGCGACGUUGUGGAUGAAGUUAUUGAAGAGGUACCUGGUGUCGAAGGCGAAUUGUGGUAUAGAGUGGAGUUCACAGACGGACGACAAGAUACUAUACCUUUCGACGAAUUACUCGCGUAUGAAAGAGGCCAAUUAGCUCUUAAAACAUAUCAGGGCAUCAUGGCUCCAGACACCAGCCACUGGCAAGACGAGUGGGAGGAUUCAAUUGCAGAAUCUGAUGCCAAUCUCGAUACUAUUGAGCUUGACGAAGAUGAAGUUCCCCGUCAAUCCAAACGUCUACGAAUCUCGACACAUCGCCGCACGCGCGAAGACUCCGAUUCCGACGAGGACGUUCGUUCCCGCCGUUCCAAACGCCAGCGUACGUCUACAAGACCGAGCACGAGACACAACUCGAAAGUGAUCUCAGAUGAUGGGGUCACGGACGAGGUUCCCGCGCGAGGUCGACAACUCAGAGAGCGGACUCAGAAACAGCUCAGAUUGACAAGCAUGGCCUUUGCCAGCAUGCCCUUAAGUCGGGACAAUGAUUUGGACGAGUUGUCUCAGGACCACCCUCGCCAACAAUCCGACGACGACGAUGACUUUCAGAUCAUCACAUCCGAUCUCUUGCCAAAGCCCUCCUCGGCCAGGCGCAAGAAGUCACGCCGCCUUAGGGUCAAGGCCAAAACCAUCGAGCAACCCAGAUCUCGUGGUUCCUCAAUUGAGUUUGAGGAUCGUCGCCGGUCUGGCAGAUCCACGAGGAACAAGGGCAGCAUGCUUGAUCUUGCAUUGAUGGAUGAGGAAUCAUUCUACGUUGAAGAUACAGCACCCGCCAGCGUUCCCAAGGUCAUGAACAUCAAGGAAGUCUUCAAGCCAAUUGACCAUGACGCACCCUUCAAUCAAUAUCACUCCGAUAUCUGCAUCACGUGCAACACUGGUCCUGCCGCCAACAAAGGUCCCCUGAUUGGCUGUCAAGGCUGCUCCGUAUCUUUUCACAAAAGUUGUAUCGGCUACAGAUCUGCCAGAGAACAUAUUGUCACCAAGGUCGGCGUGGACGAUUUUGUUCUACAGUGUAAGUUCUGUAUUGGCAUCUAUGCCAAGAAGGACAGGAACAGCCCAAGACAUAGCCGGUGUCAAGAAUGCAAACGUUCCGGGCGGUCAUGUGCGGCGUUUUCGCCCAAGAAAACCCCUAGACAAGAGGAGAAAAUUCGUCUUGACAAUGGUGGUGAAGACCCUGUCACGGCAGUGGCUCCAUCAUUGGUCAACAACGCCGAAAACCUCUUAUUCCGCUGUAUCAUGUGCAAGCGUGGAUGGCAUUUUGAGCAUUUGCCAUCGUCACAAACGGAUUCAGACGUGUCUGACAUUCGCCAGCAGCGACUUGCUGAAUACUCUGUCGACUGGAAGUGUGUCGACUGCGGCACGGUAUCCGACAAGAUACAGACCUUAGUUGCCUGGCGGCCCCUGGGUAAAGCCUCACUCGAAGAGGGGAAGACCUAUAGCGAUUUGAAUGAGGAUGAGAAAGAGUAUCUCAUCAAGUGGCAGGACAAGUCGUACUUCCAUUGCAGCUGGAUGCCUGGUGCAUGGCUCUUUCACAUUGCCGCGGGUGUGAUGCGCAACUCCUUUGCGAAGAAGGAUGCGGAUCAGAACUUGGCCCUGAAAUUUACCGAAGCCGAGGCAAUCCCCCAAGAUGCCCUCAUGGCCGAUGUCAUCUUCGAGGCCAAGGUGAAAGGAGAAAAAGCAAGGACGCUGGAAGAUGAGAUGGAGCGUAUUGAGAGCGUCGAUAAGAUCUUCGUGAAAUUCCAAGGUCUUGGCUACGACGAAACGGUAUGGGAUUCGCCGCCAAAGUCAGAUGCCGGCGAGGUUUACACAGCAUUCAAAGCCGCAUACUACGAAUACCUCACUGGCAAGUACUUCACCAGCUCCACGAAUGCCAAAAUGAAAGAGCGCGUCAACAAGUGGAAGGACAAGGAAUUUGUCAAGUUGGCCCAGCAGCCCCCUGGUCUGCGCCGCGGCAAGCUUAUGGAAUACCAAAUUGAGGGCGUCAACUGGAUGCUAUGGAACUAUCACAGCGAAAAGAACGCCAUUCUUGCCGAUGAGAUGGGACUGGGCAAAACGGUACAGGUCGUCGGCUUGAUCUCGACCCUGGUCCACGGCGACCCAAAGUGUUGGCCUUUCCUUGUUGUCGUUCCGAACUCAACCUGUCCAAAUUGGCGUCGCGAAAUCAAACAAUGGGCUCCAGACCUCCGAGUAGUCACUUACCAUGGUGGCAAGCAAGCGCAAGAGUUGGCGUACAAAUACGAGCUCUUUCCGCGCGGCUCCCAAGAGAUCAAGGCCCACGUUGUUGUCAUGUCAUAUGACUCUGCGCAAGACGAUCGCACGAAACAUCUCUUCCGUUCAGUUCAAUGGGCUGGCCUGGUAGUUGACGAGGGACAGCGAUUAAAGAAUGACAAGAGUCUCUUGUACACGGCUCUGCGUUCCAUGCGGUUCCCCUUCCGACUCCUUCUCACGGGCACGCCGCUGCAGAAUAACAAGCGGGAGCUUUUCAACUUGCUUCAAUUCAUCGACCCAACCCAGAAUGCUGCGAAACUCGACGAAGAAUUCCAGGAGCUCAAUGCGCAGAACCUCCCUGAACUGCACGGUCGGAUCAAACAAUACUUUCUGCGGAGGACCAAAGCUCAGGUUCUCAAGUUCUUGCCUCCCAUGGCUCAAAUCAUCGUUCCCGUCUCUAUGUCGAUCCUACAAGAGAAGCUCUGCAAGUCAAUCAUCGCCAAGAGUCCCGAUCUGAUCAAGGCAAUCUUCGCAGACGACAAGGUCAACAAGAAAGACCGUGGCAGUCUGAACAAUAUUCUCAUGCAGCUACGGAAAUGUCUCUGUCAUCCGUUCAUGUACAGCGAAGCAGUCGAAGAGCGAACAGUUGACCAAGUCCAGCUACACGAGAAUCUAGUGUCGGCGUCAGGGAAGCUGAUGCUUCUCAACAUCAUGUUGCCGAAGCUGAAAGAAAGAGGACACAGGGUUCUCAUCUUCAGCCAGUUCUUGAACCAAUUGGACAUCAUUGAAGAUUUCCUGAACGGUCUCGGCUUCCAAUACCGACGACUUGACGGCAGUCUCAGCAGUCGGGAAAAGCAGAAAUAUAUCGAUGACUACAACGAACCUAACUCUCCAGUCUUUGCAUUCCUUCUCUCCACAAGAGCUGGAGGCGUGGGUAUCAAUCUCGCAACUGCUGACACUGUCAUCAUCUUGGAUCCUGAUUUCAACCCCCAUCAAGACAUCCAGGCUAUUUCGCGUGCUCAUCGCAUUGGUCAGAAGCAUAAGGUGUUGUGCUUUCAACUCAUGACCAAGAAUUCAGCAGAGGAAAAGAUCAUGCAAAUUGGCCGCAAGAAGAUGGCUCUCGACCAUGUUCUGAUCGAAGCAAUGGACGAUGUGGGAGAGUCUGAAGACCUAGAGUCGAUCUUGAAAUUCGGUGCCUCAGCAUUGUUCAGCGAUGAUCAGAGCGAAAAGGACAUCGUCCGGUACGAUGAUGCUAGCGUUGACAAGCUCCUUGACCGGUCGACUAUUGAGCAGACAAAGACUGGCGCCGACGAUUCCGCUGAGUCGCAAUUCUCCUUCGCCCGUGUAUGGGCCAAUGACAAGGACGGAUUCGAAGACCAUCUUGCUGAAGAAAACGAGCCCACAGUCAAUCCUAACGUAUGGGAGGAGAUCUUGGCAGAGCGAGAAGCAGAAGCCAAACGCGUGGCCGAGCUAAACAAGGAAGUUCUUGGUCGAGGUGGUCGACGCCGCCAGGCAAUCAGCUACAAGAAUAACGGCGGUACCGGCGUGGUCACUGACCUCCCCAUCAACAGCGACAGCUCCGAUAAUGACGGAGAUUUUGUCGGUGGAGAUGAGGAGGAGGAUCCUGAUACUGACAUGGAAAAUAGGGAUGACAGUUCCAAAGAAGAGGCGACAGCGCAAGAUAUCCAAAACCGACAUCGUGCAAUACAAAAGGUUCAAAACGGUAACUCCACGCAAACCAAGACAGACACCUCAAAAACGAACCCCCAACGCAUCGCGACAGGCCAAGGCGCCCUCCACAAGUGGAAAAUCAAUCCGGACUGGCCUGGAUCAGGUCCAAACCCCAUCCACGGAGCAAUCCAACGAAACGGACGACCCAAUCACGUCUACCCCGUCUACCCACCUCCUCAGCCCAACCUUAACCCCAUCUAUCACCAGCCCGGAGCCGAGCUCUACCCACAACCCCCUCCCGCACCAGGAAGCCGUCCCGGUCGACCGAUGAAGCCUGACAUGGCCUGGCUUGACCACUUGACAGCAGCCCGAACGGUUACUGGCGGUGAGUUGCCUCCAACUCAGCAGGCUGCUCAUGGGUUCUACCAGCAACAACAGUCUGCUCCUGUCAUACGUCAAGCAGCGUCUGGCAACCCUAUUGUGCCAUCUGCGUCAGGCAAGGCACGUAGACCGUCGUUCGGUUUGUCCCAGAUGCACCCUAAUGCAUCUUCUUGUGCGGAUUGCGGCUUUCGGCAUUAUUCGACCAAUUGCCCAGCCCCGACUUCAGAAGUCCAAUUACGUCUGGCUCUCGAUCACUUGAAGCGUUGGCCAUCGACUUCCAGGAACCCUGCCGCAGAACGAAAACUAAUAGAGAAGCUACACUUGGUAGCUACGACGAAUGAUCGUCGAAAGAAAUGA